AUGAGCACCUUUGACAACGAGGAGGCCACAGGCCGCUCAUCAUCGUCACCAAGCAGUCGCAAAGGAAGCGCCAGCUCCGCCGAAGCGUCAACAACUUCGAUCAUCUCUCUUUUCUCUGACGGCGACGAAGACGACGCCAACUCGUCUGGAACCUCCUUACCCUCCGACAAGGGCAGCCCUGUGCCCCUGCGACGCAAGAGAAUGCCGUUGCGCGACCGUAUCGUGCGCCACUUUGGCCAUUCACUCUCCCCUGAGAAACCCUACCUCAGCUAUUACGAUGUCCUACUCACGCUCGAGGACGUCAAGUCCCUGAAAAAUGACUGGUUGACCGACAACAACAUUGCCUUUUGGGAAGAGUAUCUCGAGCGCGAAACGUUGCCAAAAUUCCCCCAGGCACGCAUCGUUUUGUUGCGACCGAGCAUGACGUUCCUUCUAAUGAAAGAGCCCGACCAACGCGCGAUUCGCGCCGCGUUGCCGGACUUCUCCAAAGUCACACACAUCUUCAUGCCGAUCAACGACAACCGCAAUGUCUCCGUGGCCGAGGGCGGCUCGCAUUGGUCACUCCUCGUUGUGUCCGCGCUCGACGGAAAAGCGUUCCACUACGACUCAUUAGGUGGGGCGAACUAUCACGAAGCCAAGCUCGCGACAACGAAAAUGUCCCACAUUCUUAAGAGACGGUUGGACUUUGAGAACUUGCGCGAUGCGCCGCAGCAGGAGAAUGGCAGCGAUUGCGGCGUCUUUGUGUGCAUCAUCAUGCGUCAUCUCCUGGUGAAGCGGUUGUUGAGUGCGAACGCGCGCGAGAAAGUGAGCAUGAGUAUGGGCGGCAAGAUGGUCGAUAGCAACGGCGGGAGGAAAGAGAUGCUGGCCAUCAUUGAGAACUUGCGCGAGGAAGGUGAGCGCAGGCGGUCGUAA